AUGUUACAAAUGAAACACUUGCCAUAUGGAAUAUUCAAAGCUAAGGGCUUUCCUUCCAAAGAUUGGUCUUUUGAAGAUGGAUACGAUAACAACUAUGAUACAGAUGUAUAUCCUUUGCGAGGCGCAUCUUUCAAUAAACAAGUUGAUUUAAGACUUCGCUUGAAAAUGAAUCGAAAUGAUUUCAAUAAUUCAGAAAGUCUCACAGUUAUAUCCAAUAACAUGCUAUACACCAUUCAAAAAUUUCAUGGAUUUUGGGUUUAUGUUCAUCAUCCAAUGAACUAUCCUCACAAUGAUGAAACAAAAACAUUUAUCCCUUUGAAUUCACGGAUGACUUUGAACGUUGAACCAGACAAGAUUUCUGCUGAAAGAGAAUUGAACCAUUAUCCAUUUGAAAGUCGCAACUGCUUCAUUAAGGAGAAAGAAUUAACAAACUCUACAAUUUUCAAACAUUACACAGAGGAAAAUUGUUUGUUAGAAUGUCGGGCAGUAUUUUCUGAAAGUAAAUGCGAUUGCGUUCCAUUUUUCAUUCCAUAUCGUAAUUGUUUUCCGCCAUGUUCAUCUCUUACCUACAACGUUCGCGAAACAAUGACAGGAGCUUUGCCAAUCUCAAACAAUUCAUUCCGGUACAGCGAAGUUAUUGUAAAACUCAAUUUGUUUGAAUUUCUUGGAAAAAGGCGACAGGAAUCUUACAGUAUCUUGGAUAUUUUGUCAGCUUUUGGAGGAUUACUUGGAUUUUUUGUUGGAGCAUCCGUCAUGAGCAUUAUGGAGUUAAUAUUUUUCUUCACGGUCAAAAUUGGAAUUGAUCUAUUCACGAAAAUUCAUUAA